AUGGUGGGUGCAGGUACAGCCUCCAGUCCAAGCCCUAAUGCUGCCGCACCUAUCAAUACAGUGGGCAUAACCAAUAACGACAUUAAAGUAACAACAAAUGCAGAAAAAAUUACCGCCACCCGCCGAAGGGUUGAAAUUUGGGUGCUGGAAGAUAAUCAAGUAAACGCUGGUAGUGAUUUUACUAUCUGCAAAUGCGAUGGUACUACACGAUUGAAUGGCAAAUUUACUGGAGAUCCAAAUGCCUGCGUUGGUGGGCUUAAAUAUAAAUGGGUUGCUACUCCCAUAGAUAGUGUUCUCUUAAAAAAUGACACUUUACUUUCUCCGAAUAUAUGUCCAAAAGAAAAGACAAAAUAUAAAUUAACCAUAGAUGGGAAUAAUGAUGAA